UCCAACCUCAUAUCUGAAGGACAAGAUGCCUCUCCAGUCCCUUCUGUCUUCCAGGAGCUUCGAUCCCAUCCAGGCUGAGAGCGCACAGUCGGACAGAAAGACAUUUGAGCAGCUGAGACAGGAGUGUCUCGACAAGGGGGUCCUGUUUGAGGAUCCAGACUUCCCUGCCUGUGACUCCUCACUCUACUACAGCCAGAGUGUUCCUGUCCAGAUUCAGUGGAAGAGGCCUCCGGAAAUAUGCAAAGACCCAAAGUUUAUAGUGGGAGAUGCAGACAGGACGGACAUCUGCCAAGGACAGCUUGGCGACUGUUGGCUCCUUGCAGCGAUUGCUUCUUUGACACUAAAAAAGGACAUAAUGGCCCGAGUCGUCCCCCGUAACCAGGACUUUGACUAUAAAUACGCUGGCAUCUUUCACUUCCAGUUCUGGCAGCACAACAAAUGGCUGGACGUGGUGGUGGAUGACCGACUGCCGACAGUGAGAAAUAAUCUCAUCAUGCUUCACUCCGCCUCCAACAACGAGUUCUGGAGCGCUCUGAUGGAAAAAGCCUACGCCAAACUAAAUGGCAGCUAUGAGGCUCUGAAAGGCGGCAGUACCAUGGAGGCUAUGGAGGACUUCACUGGUGGAGUUGGAGAAACGUAUGAAACUAAGAGUGCUCCAGAAAACCUGUUCUUGAUCAUGAAGAAGGCUCUGGACCGAGGCUCCAUGAUGGGAUGCUCUAUAGAUAUCACCAGCUCUGCAGAGUCUGAGGCCAAGACCAGUACAGGCCUGGUGAAGGGACACGCCUACUCCAUCACAGGCGUGGAUGAGGUGAGUUUCAGGGGUCAGAAAGUCAAGAUGGUCCGGAUUAGAAACCCUUGGGGUCAGGUGGAAUGGAAUGGCCCUUGGAGCGACAAUUCCAGAGAAUGGAAUUAUGUGGACAGUGCUGAGAAAAGCCGUCUCCAGCAGAAUUCGUCUGAUGACGGGGAGUUCUGGAUGGAGUUUGAGGACUUUAAAAAGAACUACGACAAAGUUGAAAUCUGCAACAUGACUCCUGAUGCUCUCAGUGAUGACACAAUGUACAAGUGGACGAUCAACACAUUUGAGGGCAACUGGAUUCGUGGCUCCACCGCUGGAGGCUGCAGGAACUACAUUGACACUUUUUGGACCAACCCUCAGUUUAAGCUGGAGCUGAAGGAUGCUGAUGAUAACCAUCAUCUGUGUAGUGUGGUGAUUGCUUUAAUGCAAAAGAACAGACGAAAACUAAGGAAAGAAGGCUUGGACUUGGAGACCAUUGGCUUUGCUAUGUAUCAGGCUCCAGAUGACGACGACCACAUGGGAAAGGACUUCUUCCGCUACAAUGCAUCCAAGGCUCGUAGCAGGACCUACAUCAACAUGCGGGAGGUGGCAGAGCGCUUCAGCCUGCCCCCCGGUAAAUACCUGCUGGUCCCCACUACCUUCCAACCACACCAAGAGGCUGACUUCCUCAUCCGCAUCUUUUCUGAGAAGAAGGCCGGAGCUGUAGAGAUGGGGACCACUGUUGAUGCUGAUCUGCCAGAUCCACCCAUGCCCAGCCCUCCAGAAGAGGAAACAAGUGAAGAGAAAAGCCUGAGAAGACUUUUUGAGCAGCUGGCUGGUUCGGAUAACGCUAUCAGUGUCAGAGAGCUGCAGCAGAUGCUGAACGGUGUUCUCAGCAGGAGAAAAGAGAUCAAAUUUGAUGGCCUGAGUCUCAGUACCUGUCACAGCAUCAUCAAUCUAAUGGAUGUGGACAACACGGGGAAGCUAGAAUUCCAGGAGUUCAAGGUGUUCUGGGAAAAGAUGAAGAAGUGGAUUAUGCUUUUCCUGGCCUUUGACACAGACCGCUCAGGAAAGAUGUCCUCCUAUGAGCUUCGUAAUGCUCUGAAAGCUGCAGGCAUGCAACUGAACAACAGGCUACUGCAGCUGGUUGGCUUGAGGUUUGCUGACGAUGACUAUGAAAUUGACUUUGAUGACUACCUCACCUGCAUUGUCCGUUUAGAGAACAUGUUUAGAGUUUUCCAGGCGCUGGACACAUCCAACAAAGGGAAAGUGAACAUGAACAUCAUGCAGUUCCUCAUGUUGUCAAUGAAUGUCUGAUGGAGGAGCGAAAUGCAAACAGGUGCUGGGAAAGAAGCAGAGGAUUUUUUUUUCUUGUUCAUUUUUAAGUCACUUUCCAUCCAGUUUACAAAUGUGGAAAACUGUCUAAACCAAUCUGUUUACAUGCUGUGGGUUCAACUCUGAACUGUGCAGUCUGGAUCAUGUUGAACUAAAUUUCUCUGUAAACCUUUGAAUACAAAUACAUUUUUAAUCGAAAGUGUUUUUAUUUUUGUUAAAAAUCAGGCCGAUAUAACUUCUUUCAGGGGCUCAGGCUCCGUUAGAAUGAGCAACAUAAUCUUAAAAACAUUUUGAAUAGAGAUGUUCCAUGUUUUGCCCCAAUCCAAGUCAGUCAUUUGUUUUUAUAAUAAUAAUAAUAAUAAUAAUAAUAAUAAUAAUAAUGAAAAUAACUGUAUUUAUACAGUAUUCAAACAAAGUGCUGUGCAACCACAGAGAAAAUAUAACGCAAGUAAACAAUAAAAACAACAGCAUGGAUGAGUUAAAUGCAACAAACCAAUUUCACCAGUGUGUGGCAACUUUAACUUUAAAGCUAGGUACAGUAGGAACCAACACUUUUUAACAAUUUGACUUAGAGGCAAAAAUAUAGUUUCUAAAAAUCAGUUUAUUACUAUAUUUCUACUAAUGAUGAUGCAGGACAAAUGAUUAUAAAUGGUGAUUUAAGGUAAUAUCAACUGAGACAAUGAAUAAACUCUGAUGAAAUAUGA